AUGUAUGGCCGCUACACUCAGGACCUGGGAGCCUUUGCCAAGGAGGAGGCGGCACGCAUCCGGCUGCAGCAGGAGCGCUGGAAAGCCUUCCCGAAGGAGCGCGCCCGUGGGCCGGAGCUGCUGGAGUACGACCAGAGCCGCUGUGCCCGCUGCCGCAUCUGCACCGUGCGAUGCCAGAAGUUCCUCAUCUCCAAGGUGGGCGAGGACUGGAUCUUCCUCAUCCUGCUGGGGCUGGUCAUGGCGCUGGUGAGCUGGGCCAUGGACUUCGCCAUAGCCACCUGCCUGCAAGCCCAGAAGUGGAUGUACGGGGGCUUGGACACCAACAUCUUCCUGCAGUACAUGGCCUGGGUCACCUACCCCGUGGUGCUCAUCACCUUCUCGGCCGGCUUCACCCAGAUCCUGGCCCCGCAGGCCGUGGGCUCAGGCAUCCCCGAGAUGAAGACCAUUCUCCGAGGUGUGGUGCUGAAGGAGUAUCUCACCCUCAAGACCUUCGUGGCCAAGGUCAUCGGCCUGACCUGUGCGCUGGGCAGCGGGAUGCCCCUGGGCAAGGAGGGGCCCUUUGUCCACAUUGCCAGCAUGUGCGCCGCCCUGCUCAGCAAAUUCCUCUCCCUCUUUGGAGGCAUCUACGAGAACGAGUCCCGCAAUAUCGAGAUGCUGGCGGCUGCCUGUGCCGUGGGCGUCGGCUGCUGCUUUGCUGCCCCCAUUGGAGGCGUCCUCUUCAGCAUCGAGGUCACGUCCACCUUCUUCGCCGUCCGCAAUUAUUGGCGUGGCUUCUUCGCCGCCACCUUCAGUGCCUUCAUCUUCCGCGUGCUCGCCGUGUGGAACAAGGACGAAGAGACCAUCACGGCUCUGUUCAAAACCCGCUUCCGGCUGGACUUCCCCUUUGACCUGCAGGAGCUGCCCGCCUUCGCUGUCAUCGGGAUUGCCAGUGGCUUCGGAGGGGCACUCUUCGUCUACCUCAACCGCAAGAUCGUCCAGUUCAUGCGCAAGCAGAAGACCAUCAACCGCUUCCUGAUGAAGAAGCGCCUGCUUUUCCCCGCGCUGGUCACUCUGCUCAUCUCCACGCUCACCUUCCCGCCUGGCUUCGGACAGUUCAUGGCCGGCCAGCUCAGCCAGAAGGACACCCUGGUGACCCUGUUUGACAACCGCACCUGGGCCAAGCAGGGCCUGGCCGAGGAGUUCGAGUACGUUGGCAUCUCUGAGGCCUGGAAACACCCGCACGCCAAUGUCUUCGUCACCCUGGUGGUUUUCAUCCUCAUGAAGUUCUGGAUGUCAGCCCUGGCCACCACCAUCCCAGUGCCUUGCGGAACCUUCAUGCCCGUCUUUGUCAUUGGGGCGGCCUUCGGGCGGCUGGUCGGGGAGAGCAUGGCGGCCUGGUUCCCGGAUGGCAUCCACGCCGACAGCAACACCUACCGCAUUGUGCCUGGGGGCUACGCCGUGGUAGGAGCGGCCGCGCUCUCCGGCGCUGUGACCCACACGGUCUCCACCGCCGUGAUCGUCUUUGAGCUGACGGGCCAGAUCUCCCACAUCCUGCCCGUGAUGAUCGCCGUCAUCCUGGCCAACGCCGUGGCCCAGAGCCUGCAGCCCUCGCUCUACGACAGCAUCAUCCGCAUCAAGAAGCUGCCGUACCUGCCCGAGCUGGGCUGGGGACACCAGGAGAAGUACAACGUGCGGGUGGAGGACAUCAUGGUGCGGGACGUGCGUUACGUCACCCUGAACUGCAAGUACCGCGACCUGCAGGAGGUGCUGUACAGCACCAAGCUGAAGAGCCUGGCGCUGGUGGAGUCAGCUGAGUCCAUGAUCCUGCUGGGCUCCAUCGAGCGGGCCCAGGUGGCGGCACUGCUGAGCGGCCAGUUGGGCUAUCAGCGCCGCCUGCAGUACAUGCAGGAGAGGGCACAGGCCGGGAGGAACAGCGUCGCCGAGAAGCCGCAGGACGAGGCCGGCCACAAGGCCUCCGACACGGGUGUGCGGUUCCAGAUCAGCACAGAGGAAUCGUCAUCGGCCCCGCCACACGGAGAGUCCCACAAGCCCCUGAAGCCGGCGCUCAAGCGAAGUCCCAGCAGCUUGGUGGAGAGCCCCACAGGUGACCCAGAUCACUCAGGCAUUGCCCUCAAGAGCCUCUUCUGCGCCAGCACCGCCACGGAGCCCGCUGAGGCUGAGAAUUCAGCACCGCCCGAAAAGCGCAAGUCGAAGCGCGUCCGCAUUUCCGUCGCGGACCAGUAUGAGCUGCCUGGCGAGAUGAGCCCCUCCGAGACUCACACCAUCUUCUCGCUCCUGGGCGUGGACCACGCGUAUGUGACCAGCAUUGGGCGCCUCGUUGGCAUGGUGUCCCUCAAAGAGCUGCGCAAGGCCAUCGAGGGGUCGGUCACUGCCAAGGGUGUGAAGGUCCGCCCGCCCCUGGCCAGCUUCCGGGACAGCACCGCCAGCAGCAGCGAGACGGAGACCACGGACAUCCACCAGCUGUGGGACCGGCGCCAGCGCCUCUCCAUCCCCCGCGAGUCCAGCCCCUCUGAGACGGACGACAAGUGCCAGUGA